CGAAGCCAACAGGCCAGGACUGGUGACUGUAGGACAGUUUCGUCAACCUUAUCAUCAAGAUGGUAUCUAUCCUUACGUGUCAACCUCAUCCCAGAACCAUGGCACUUUACCCGCAAACAGUUUAGAUCAGACUCCAGUCUCUUCCAGGACAUGGCAGGGUUCUUUUGGGUUGCUUCCAGGACAUGCAGCUUCCCCAGUUUUUCCACAUAAAGAGGUUACCUUUCCAUCACUCAAGAGGUUUCCAACAGAGGUCACGUACACAGUCCUGCCUGCUGCCUCUCUGCCAAUUCUGCAAGGGUCUCAAACCAAUGCCGCUUUCCUUCCAAAAAACAGCAGCAACGCAUCUUCAAUGCCGUACUCACAAGCCAAUUGUCCAACAGCUGCACUGCAGCAUUGUUCACCACCUGCCCACAUAGAUCCUCUGACCAGCUAUGCUAGUCCUGCAGCUUCGACGUACACCCAGUGCAGCUUUUUCCAGAGUCCUCCAAUGCAGUCACCUUAUGCAGCUGAAUUUCUGCCCCCUAACUUGCCUUGUAAUACAUCUGAUGAAAAUGUGAAGCCAGAUUUAAAUCUUGAAGCUGCGUUUCAGAUUGUUGAUGAGAUGCAUUUGUCACCCGAAGAUGGACUGGUGAAAGCGGAACCUGUGGAGAUCCAGUAUUCAACCUCUCAGUCUAACGGAAGUCAGCCACUGCAGGUUAAUAGUGAGAAUAGUGAUACACCUUUGAUGGAAGAAAGCCAGCUGGAAUAUCUUACUCCUGUAGUUUCAGACUUAUCAUUUAUGGUGGAAGCAGAUCAAGCAGUAAUUUGUUCUCCAUCACAGCCUGCUGAAUUUCUUUGUGCUACCCAUACCACUGUGCCUGUAGAAAGUGCUGCUGCUGAAAUAGUGCAAGAAUCUGUGACCACACAGGAAGGGUGUGAAAAACUGCAAGAACAACCACAUCACUGCCCAACUCAACCCUCUGUAAUGUUUGCUCUGGAAGGACCAUUCAUUCCAGAGCAGGAGAAUACUAGUGUGAAAUAUGAAUUCAGUAUGUCAGAGAUAGAAGAGAGACAAUUCACUGCAGGAACUGAGCCUGUGAACAAACCUGUAGAAGAGAUGAAUUCAUCUGUAAUACCUGGAUGCAGGAAAAGACGACACAGUUCACACGACGACAAGUCCCUUGAUCUCCAUCUGCUGAUAGAUACAGCUUGCAAGCGGGAGUACCAUCCCAAGGAAGAAACAAGAGAGUGA